UUGACGACGUUGACAUAAAAUUGAAUUUUAGGACGCUAAAAUAAGGUUGCGUUUGUUAUUUUGAUGGAGAAAUGUUUUUAAUUUAUUAUUUUUCAAUUUCCGCAAUGAUUUAAAAUGUCUCUGGCAGAAAUAUUUUUAAACGCCGCUACCAAGGCACAACAGAAACAAUUUUGUCAUAAAAAAUUGAUGAAAUUAGUGGAAAAUGCUUUUGAUAACUCGAAACUCGAGGAACUUUACAAAGCCUUUCUGAGAGCUCUCUAUAGAUGUUACUACUCAAAUGAUUAUGCAGAUAAAAAUCCCUAUGUAGCCAGAGGAUUGGAGUUUUUAGCUGAAAUAGUAAUGAAGAUAACUCUCAAAUGCGUAAAUCCCAUGGAAAUUACGGAUGCCAAUGGCACUGUCUCUCAAGUAUAUGAUAUCACUCUGGAUCCAUUUUUCAAUAAUGUAUUGAGUUCUAGCGUGAAGUUUGCUUGUGUAGAGAAGAGUGAAGUCAGAUUUAACACAUGUUAUUUCAUCAUGACUUUGUUACAAUGUAUUGGAAAUAACGUUGAAAUGGAUCAAAGUGUUUGUAAUAUUAUCUUGGAUUCACUUGUAGAAUUAUUACAUGAUCCUAAGGCAAAUAUUCGUAUUCAAGCUAUUAAAGCACUUGUGAGACUUCAAGAGCCUUCAAAUGCCGACUGUUUAGUGUUGAAAUCUUUUUGGAUACUAUCUACUGAUCCUAAUAGUGAAGUGAGGAAAUCUGUUAUAAGCUAUAUGGCUCCUCAUCCUCAAAGUUUCAUAAAGAUUAGAAAUAGACUGACAGAUACAGAUCAAGGGGUUAAGCAGGCAGCAUUCACAAAAUUUGCAGAUAUAAAUCCAAAAUUAUACCUGAAAAUAAUUGAUAGAAACAUAAUUUUAACUUGCGGCCUAGCUGAUAAAAACAAGAAAAUACAGCAUAUAAUGACAGAGAAAUUGUUACCAAAGUGGUUGAGCUACUUUAAAGGGAAUUAUUUGUUGUUUUUUAGAGCAUUGAGAUUAGAUGCUGAUGAAAAUGACAUCAAUAACUUUGAGAAGUUGUGUACAGAACUUUUAGAAAUCUUUUCAAGGGCUCAUAGUUUGACUGAUUUAGUGAAAUAUUUACCAAUCAAUAAAGAAGACAAACUAAUCCCUAGCCAACAGUUACGUUUGGAAAGUGUAUUUUAUUGGGCAGGUGUUAUAAGUUACCUCAGAAAAACAGAAGAUGGUGAGGAGUAUUUGGAGAGUAUCUUACCUGAAUUGACCUCAUUUAGCAAUUAUAUAGAGCGGGUUAUUAAGGAAAAGUCAUCAGUUGCGAUGGACGAAUGGGAGAACUUGGAAUUUCAAAAUAUAUUAUACCAGCUUUUCAAAAUUUCAUCUGGUUUUGACAUGUCAGAUGAGGCUGGCAGGAAAACUUUCUAUGCAUUGAUUCUACAAAUUCUAACAACCAACAAAUUUCAACAGAAAGUCAUUGAUCAGAUACUUCAAGUUGCUUCACUAUUGAAUACAAAUAAAGGUUCGCUUAGUAUAGAUCUUUGUCAGGUUAUAUCAGAAAUACGGGAGCCUUUGAUGGAUGAAUUGCCCUCAGAGGAAAAAUUGAGAAAACAAAAUUUCGAGAUGACCCAAUUGAGAGUUAAAAUUCAUCAAUUAGAAAUUGAUGAAGAAGAAGCUCUGAAGAAAAAAGAUUUCCAACAUGCCCAUAUUGUUCAAAACGAAAUUGAAAAGUGCCAAAAAGAACUGGAUAGCUUGAAAAAUAUGUAUGUUGUCUCAGAGAAAGUCAGAGUUUCAAAAGACGAUCCAGAAACGCUCUGUAGAUGUUUGGAUAUCCUUAUAGGUCUAUUAAAAAUAACCGAUGCCAAAGACAUUUCGCCCGCCUUGCAAUCUUGCAGAGAUGAAUUUUUGAUGCCGCUUUUAAGUAAUAAUAACUCAGAAGUUCAUUGGAGAUUUAUAUUAUGUCUCGGUCUGUUUUCGCUUAUGGAUAAGGAAUUGGCUUUCAAACAUGCCAAUUUUCUCUGCUUGCCGAUAGCUACUUAUAGGGCUAUAGCCAACUAUGAUAAAGUUGCUUUGAAGACAUCUGUUGCAUGUGUAUCCGAUUUGAUACGUAUGUACGGUGUCAAAGUGAUUGGCGUGCAAGAAAACUCCCAAUCGGAGCAAAAUCAGGAUUCCAAUCCAACGACCUCUAGACGAAAGCUUUACUCUGAAGAUCUAAGUGAACCAGAAAUUUUAAGUAAGGAUGAUAUAACAAUUGAAUUCAUUAUAGACAUAAUCUUGGAUAUGUUAGAUGACGAGGAUGAAGGUGUUCGUCUCACUGCAUCUACUUCGAUAUGCAGGCUUAUUGUGAGUAAUUUUCCAGUUAGCUCUGAAUUGAUAUGUAGACUCAUCCUGAAAUGGUAUAAUCCUGAAACAGAAAAAAAAGAUGUUAAACUUCACAAACAGCUAGGCAUAAUUAUAGAAUGUUUCGUUAAUAACACUAAAGGAGCGAAGAAAGUUGUUCAGAAAGCUAUUUUACCAAUUAUUUCUAGCAUAGUCAACGCAUCAGGGACGAGUCCCCUGCUUGAAAUAGAUAUGGAAAAUGUUCUUAGAUUUUUAGCUGCCAUUACGAAUACGAUUGAUGAUAAUGACAACGAGAAUAUACAUAAUGAAAUAGCUGUUGAUCUUAUUGAAAGGAUGUUGAAUAAACCGAAUGAUGCCUGUGUUCCAUAUCUGGUUAAAUUGUUAACAUAUUUAGAAUUGAAAUUCCAAGAUAUGGAUAAGUGUAGGAGUCUGAUAACUUCAAUAGAAUUGUUAAUUGCUGAUAUAGUUGAUAAAAUUCCUAGGAAAAAUCUCAUGAAGUUAAGAGAUAAAUUAGUUGCUGGUCUGAAUGUGGCUACGAUUGACAUAGAGGCUGACAGAACUGAAAACCAGACUGCGAAUGGAUUGACUUCUAUUACUGAUCCCAUUAACGGCACAGAAGAAAAUAUUGAAGACCAAUCAUCAUUGAUCAGACAUUCUGCUGUGAAUGGAGGAUUGGAGAAUGCUAUAUCUGAAAUCGAUUCAGAUAACAUUCAGAAAGGUAAUUCUUCAGGUUCUGAAUCAGAUUCAGGAGAUUCAGUUGAAACAUUCUCGAAUCUUGGAGAGUUUCCUAAACCAACCACAUUAGUGAAAAAAAUAUCUUGUGAAAAUAUACGGAAAACAUCCAGGACUAGAACAAAACUUGAAAAAAUAUCAGAGGUGUCAGAAGAGCAAGACAAAAAUAAUAAAUGUACCAAAAAUGAAAUAAGCCCUAAUAGAUCAAGUCAAUCUGCAUCUGUAUCAGAGAAUGGGGAGAAAACAGAUGUUUAUGUUAGGUGUGAUUACAAUUUGGAGAAAAAUAAGGUAAUCUCCACAGAACCUAACAAAAUGCUCCAAAAUAAAGGAAAAGUCAACACAAGUAAUGUUCAGGUAAUCUCUCAAGUCAUAUUAAGAAAGAAAACUAAAGACAAUGUGGAACAAGAUGGAUCAUCUGAAAAAUCUUCUCGAUCUCUUAGAUCCACUAAGAGUGUAGCAGCUAAGAGUUCUGAUUCGAAUUCUGUUGAUUCAUCAAAAAGGAAAAUGAGAAACCGACAAAGAAUAUCUGAUAAAGAAAGAUCUACAACUAAAACAAAUAUGAUAAAAAGAUCUUCAAGCAAGCAGUCUGCUAGAGCAACUUCAUUUCCAUCAAAAUUCAAAGAUUAUGUAACAUCUAGACCAGAAACAUUGGUUAUUCACUCUGAAGAUUCUCCUAAACCCAAAAAAGUUGAAAAGAGGACAGCUCAAACUCCUCUAUCAGUAACUUCGAAACGGAAAUCAAAGAGGCUCUACAGAGAUCCUGAAGUACAAGAAACAGCUUCGAAUUCAAGCAAUAUUUCACCUUUCAGAAAAAAAAAUACAAAAACCUCUCUUUCUGUUGGAAAGAGAUUAUCUAGGAGGUUUUCUAGAAGUGUAACACUUUCGAACAGGAAAAACAGCUCUCCGCGACGCUCACUUGCUGUAGGCCUUGGAACAAAUUUGAGGAAAUCGCUGAGGAGCAGUAAUUCUAUGCACAUUAGCCCACACUCUCAGGGACGCCUAAUAGUACCAAGUAGUACAUUGACAACCACCCCUGAUAAAAUUUCCAAAAUAAAAAAACCAAAGGAACCUAAACUUAGAAGAAAGCUUGAAAUUUCGUCUGCAACUUCAUUGAAAAAAGGGAAAAACAAAGAUGCAGAAGAAUUAGCUAGUGCAUCAAAGAAUGAAUCUAUUUUCAAUGAAAAUUCUUCCAAAGAUAGCAACAAGAGUCAUGACAACAAAUCUUCGAAAAAUCUUAAUGUGUCUAGUAGAGAACGUUCUUUGAGAAGCAAAAAAGAAAGAAAUGUAAAAAGUGAAAUGGGAAAUGAUUCUAGAAAACAAAAUAAUGAAAGUGAAUUGAAAAAGUUGGCAGAUAGUUCGAAAAGAGAUAUUGAAGAUAAUAGAAAAAGAGAACAGAGAGUUAUACCUGAAAAAAAUUCUUCUCGUGAAAAAUCUCGGCGAAAAAUCAGCAAUUCUGAUAGUGAAACUUCAUUGGACAAUAAAAAUAAGAAUCAUGAAAGAGUCGAAGCUAAAAUAAGGAAUUUAAGAAAAACCGCUAACAAACAGAAUGAAAAUGAAACAAAAAAAAAUAGUGAUGAUGAAAAACGUUCAAAACAAAAAAUUAGAAAUGUGGUAGAAGUGAAAAGUGCUACUAUUUCAUCAAAUUCAAUCAAAAAUUCUAAAAGUAAAAGUAAUUCUAAUGAUGGAAAACAAAAGGAUAAUACAGAAUGCCAAAAACAUUCAAGAUCUAAUCAAGGAGUAGAUAAUGGAGUACUUCAAAAUUUGAAUAAUGUAAUGAACAAAAUAAAGAAUACUUCAUCAAACAGAAGAAGUUUGAGAGUUUCAAUCAAAAGUCGAUCAAAAGAUAAUAACACUGAGAAUACUAAAAUUUCUCAUUCACCACAAGUUUGUACACCUAAACCAACGGUUACAAGAUCUCGGGUGAGCGAUCGGCUUAAUAAAUCGAAAUCUGCAUCCAGAAAACAGUUGGAUUUUUCCUCAUCCUCAGAUGAAACUAUUCUGAAAACUUUUCUACAAGGGGAUGAAGAAUUUCAGGUUUUGGAAGAUAUAUCUGUGGAAAAUAUCAGUAAUAACUCCAGUAAUUUGUCUGGAGAUUCGAAGAAAGAAAAUCUAUCCAUUGAUGUGUCUACCUCCUCGAGUUCCACAAGAAGAAGCUCACGUAGAAAGCGUUGCUGGAGAGAAGUUUCUCCAGAUACAGAAUCCCGUCCAACGAACAAAAUAAUGAAAACCGAACACACAAAAAAUCUGCAGAGAGUUGGGCGUUGAAAAUCACAAUUUUAUUAUUCUAUCAAUCUAUAUUCUCUUUAUACACAGCCAAAUUUAUUAAAUGAUUUCUUCUCUUGUAAAUAUUAUUUGUAAAUAAUUUAGGCCCGACUGAAUGUUGGACAUUUCAUAGGAUAGUUAUAAUGUUGAAUACAUAUUUUCUUAUUAUGAUAGAUAUAAUUAUAAUAGGUAUAAAGUAGUACAGACCCAAAUCUGAUUUGGUAUAUUUUUUAAUAUAGUUCCAUGGAUGUUUGAUACAUUUCAAAAUAUAGCUCGUAACAUUCUGAGAUACUUAUUAAAUCACUGAAUUAUUUUAUUUUAUUUGAAAGAGAUAUAUUUGUAUAUAGAAUGAUCAGAACCAAAAAUUUGUAAGCAACUUAACUGUAGAUUUUCCUCACAGUUUUCCUUCAGUUCAAAUGUAUUUGUCAAAUGGUUCAAAAGAAAAAUUGUGAAUAAUUGAAGUGACCUUUUGUGGAACAACAAAACUAUCCAGUUUGUAUAUUUUUAUUUUAUGAAUAUAAGUUUUGUUUUUA